AUGAGGCUCCAGUAUCUGGGCUCCUUCUCCGCUUUCCUCUCGGUGGCCUUCCUCAUCGCGGCCACCUGGACCGAUUGCUGGAUGGUCAACACCGAUGACUCCCUGGAGGUGAGUGCCACGUGCCGUGGCCUUUGGUGGGAGUGUGUCACCAACGCCUUUGACGGGAUAACCACCUGUGACGAAUACGACUCCAUCUUCGCCGAGCACCCAGUGAAGGUAGUCCUGACCCGUGUUCUGCUGAUCACUGCUGACCUUCUGUCUGGACUCGGAUUCGUGUUUCUCCUCCUGGGCCUGGACUGUGUGAAGUUCCUCCUGGAGGAACCAGGGAUCAAGGACCGGAUCUGCUUCGUCUCUGGAUUGGCACUUUUAACAGGAGGUAUUCCUGGGCUCAUCGGCUCCACCUGGUACGCCAUUGAGGUCUACAUGGAGCGCUCCACCCUGGUCUUCCAUAACGUCUUCGUGGGCACCCAGUAUAAGUUUGGCUGGUCUUGCUGGCUUGGGAUGAGCGGCUCCUUGGGAUGCCUCCUGGCUGGGGCCUUCUUGACCUGCUGUGGGUGCCUCCUCCAAGAUGCCCACUUGGAGAAGGGCUUCCGUCCCGGUGCUUUGCGGAAGGUUUACCUGCCUCCUGCCAUGAGCCUCUCCUGCCAUCCGCCUGUGCCGACCACCACGGCCAAGAUGUACGCAAGGGACACCCGGGUGUAAGGAAUGUGGUUGGGCACAAGACAGGCUGCAAAAGUCUUCAGAAUGAAGACUGGCUCUUUAAAGACCCAGAGGACCUUCACCCUUGGCCACCAGACAAGUUAUUUUGCUUAACGAUCCCUGUAAUGCAGAGAAGCAGCCCUUCGCCAUAUUUCAUCACCCAAAAAGAUGGAAGUUUUCACCCACCAAGCGAGACCAGUUGAUAGAUAUUUAACUCGGCUGCAUCCUCUCCCCUGCCUGCCUGCCUCCUGCACCCAG